AUGUCGGGGGUGGAGGUGAUUGCGGUCGUAGCCUGUGUGGCAGCCAUCGUCUCCGCCUACAAUGACGGAUCGCGUAUGUAUACUGCUAUUAAGAAUAAAUAUCACCAGCGCCAGUCCACUCGAGAACUAGAACGGUCCCUCAAACUCGGCCGUACCGAGAUUCAGUAUCGGUUUGAUCAGCACCAUCAAGAGCUUGGGCAGCGAUGGGAGUUAGGCGAUGCGAUCGCCCGUGAGCAGAUGAAAGAUAUCAUCAUCACACUGCAGGGGGCGUUGCUGAGACACCUCCGCGAGGCACAGGAGCGGGGGACGACCCUAGAUCUGAAUGCGUUGCAGAUAGAGUCCGACCAGGGCCGCGUUCGCACCAUCACCAUUUUGGGAGAACUGUAUCAGCGUCUCUCGAGGCCAUCGCAUGUUCCGCCGUCAUUUUCGAUGUUCAUCGACCCAAACUAUCACAGGAUGAACCCGCAGGGAUAUUCCUCCCAUAGUCCGGACGGAUACUUGCCAUCCCACCCAUCGGAGAUGCGGUACCUCUCUGGCGGAUAUCCUGUAUCACCAGCCAGUUACACAACAGGCCGGGUGCAAACGCAGGAUACACUGGGGCCAUCGAGAGAGUAUCCGGUCACGGACUCAAGACCGAGCAGACGAUCUUCGAGCUUUGGGUUGGUUAUGGGCGACUUGUUCCGUUCCCGCCCAGUUCGCGGGAGUGCAUCGUCCGCACCCGAGUCUAGGUACAUCCCAUCCAGAGGAUACGGCGCAGCGUCGCCGUCGACAUCAGACCCGAUUCCGGAAUUCGAUGCUAGACCGGCCCCGCCGCUAAGACCCAUUUUGCAAAUAAACUCGAUACCCGACGACCACGACGUCGUUUCGGGAAACCCGUGGAAAGACUCCUAUGACGACUCUGACGACGACACCUUCAGCCAUGCUCGGAUGAAAGAAGAAGAAAACUCGCACCUCUCGCCUAUAUCCCCAUCGACGCAAACCCGCCACGGUUCCCUCUCCGCAGCCUCAACUGCCUCCACAGACUCAACCCCGUCAAACCCCUCCACUCACAGCAGCACCGAUGCAACCCGACCCCUCUGGCCACCCAGCAAAUUGAACAAAUACCUGGGCUUCUGCAAAGGCGCUUGGAAAGUGCAUAGUGGAUUCCGGGGAUUCAGGAUCUACACCGAACCCGGAACAGGCUUUUACACCCAACAGUCGUGGCUACGGUGCGCACACUGCGCAUUCGAAGCACCCAUGGCUCACAAGAGUUCCAACCGCAAUCCGCAGUUCGAGGAAAGCGUUCGCACGCACAAAGCGAGCGGUGUCCGGUAUCGAUAUGGAUUCUUGGCUAAAUCACAUGUGUACUGUAAGCGGGACGCAGGGUCGCAUUUUGCUCCUAAUACACCCCGCGGCGCGUUUUGUUGUGUCUUUUGCUGUGCGAUGGCACAUGGGUCGACGCAGGUCUAUGGCAACCUGGAUACCUUUAUGGCGCAUCUAGUAGAACAGCAUUGGACGGUUGAGAGGGGGACGUUGGCGGUUUUGCCUAGUGUGCAGUGUGUGGUUGGUCGAGUGGCGUCUGACUCGGAGAAGUUUGAUGUGAAUAUUUUGCCGGCGCGCGGCUGA